CAUAGAGAUCAAAUGGCAUCUUCUUGUUCGCCGUUUCACGUCCAUUGCUCUGCUCAAAAGCCUUCAAUAUCAUCACCCAACUUCGAUCACUUGAAAUCCACACUUUUAUCUGCGUUCAAGCCAUUUUUGAAAGAAAUACAGCAACUUCCAUUGCGAAUAGAUGCGGGUGUAAAGAACACUCGUCUCAAGCUUGUCGACGCAUUUGUUGAUUCCGUGUUCGAGUUCGUUGAUCAGCCAUUGCUCCCAUCUCAGAGUAAUUUUGCGCCAGUAGAUGAGUUAAAAGAAGGCGUUCAAGUCAGCAACAUUGAAGGGGAAAUACCAGAUGGUUUUGCAGAAGGUGUCUACAUGAGAAACGGAUCAAACCCCAUGUUUGGAGCAUUAACAUCGACAAGUUCCAUGUUUGGGAGCUCAAGUUACACUUGGAUAGAAGGAGAAGGAAUGCUUCAUGCUUUAUAUUUCUGCAACGGUCUUGACGGAGGCUGGACCGUUGUUUACAAAAACAGAUAUGUCGAAACCGACACGUUCAAGCUCGAAAAACAACGGAAUAAACCGUCGUUCCUACCGGCCAUUGAAGGGGAUUCACCGGCUGUUUUGUCUGCUUAUUUGUUUAACAUGUUGAGAUUUGGUAAAGUAAACAAAGAUAUGAGUAAUACCAAUGUGUUUGAGCAUGCCGGGAAGACGUACUCAAUUGCUGAAAACCACGUACCUCAAGAGAUCAACAUCCUUUCACUACAAACUUUGGAUGAUUGGGAUGUUAAUGGAGCUUGGAACAGGCCAUUUUGCUCUCAUCCAAAGAAAGCUCCAGGCAGUGGGGAGUUAGUUAUUAUGGGGAUUGAUGCAACUAAGCCUUUUGCUGAAUUGGGAGUAAUUUCAGAAGAUGGACAGAAAUUGCUCCACAAAGCUGAUCUGAAAUUAGAUAGAUGCAUCCUAUGCCAUGAAAUCGGAGUUACGCAGAGGUACAACGUAUUUAUGGACCAGCCUUUAUCGUUGGACUUGAAGAGGCUUGUUGGUGGUGGCCCAUUAAUAAAAUAUUUAAAAGAAGGAAAUGCAAGAAUCGGCAUAAUGCCUCGUUACGGUGAUGCAGAUUCGAUUCAGUGGUUUACGGUUAAACCCAACUGCACAUUUCAUCUCUUCAAUAGUUUUGAAGAUGGCGACGAGGUUGUGGUAUGGGGAUGCAGAGCUCUUGAAUCAGUAAUUCCAGGGCCUGAAAAGGGAAAGAACAAAUUUGAUUGGUUCUCGAGAAAAUUCAGGCCUUUAAACUCCACCGGAGGAAGCAUUGAUUCAGUAUCAGAAGACCAAUUAGUGUUUCCUCGUCCUUAUGAAUGGCGAAUGAACAUGCAAACUGGUGAUGUAAAGGAGAGGAAUCUAACAGGGACUGAUUUUGCCCUUGAUUUUCCAUUUAUUAAUGAAGCUUUCAUAGGACUUGAAAACAAGUAUGGGUAUUCCCAAGUACGUGAUUCCAUUGCAAGUUCUGCAUCAGGCAUGGCAAAAUAUGGAGGUCUUGCAAAGCUGUAUUUUGGAGAGCAGAACCCUGAAUCUUACUUGGGAGAAAAUCUAGGGUUGAAAAAGGUGGAAUAUCAUAUGUUUGAGAAGAACACUUUCUGCAGUGGAGCUGCAUUUGUCCCUAAAGACAAAGGUGUUGAAGAAGAUGAUGGUUGGGUUAUCACGUUUGUUCACAAUGAAGAUACCAAUAUAUCUCAAGUCCUUAUCAUUGAAGCAAAGAGCUUUACCAGCAAGCCUGUAGCCAAAAUCACCUUGGCAUUUAGAGUUCCAUAUGGUUUCCAUGGAGUUUUUAGGCCAAUGCAACUCCAAAAUGAGAUCUUGACCGUGAUCCCCUCUUUGAAUUCUAAAAUGUUAAAUAACAUGGAUCAAUCAUAA